GGGACCGCACUGUCCUUUGCUUCACUCUCUGCACUAUUGCUCAGCGUUUUUCUUCUCAUGUUGCAGUAAUAUACGGCUGUAUUGAAGAUUUUUGAUUAUGAACAGAUUCGUUUCCAAUUACGGAUGUGGCCGAAGGUUUUUCUUUUUCAAAGGCAAAAACAUCUGUUGGAUUUUGUACUUUAUUCACGGUUCCAUAUGGAGCGGCGCUUUCUGGCUGUAAGAUGGGGAAUGCCUCUGAAAUGGUCUUGUUCAUUUCCACCAUCUCCAAGAACCAUGACAUCCUCAUGGGAACAUUGUAUUCCAUGUUCUGUGUCCUCUCUUUACUGGGAAAUGGUACUUUGCUUUUUGUUGCCUAUCGCAGAAAAUCCUUUCUGAAGCCUGCCGAGUUCUUUAUCGUCAACCUGGCCAUAAGUGACCUUGGAAUGACCUUGACACUUUUCCCGUUAGCUAUCCCUUCUGCCUUUGCACACAGGUGGCUGUUUGACAACAUUACAUGCCUCUGUUAUGCCUUCUGUGGAGUUCUCUUUGGACUGUGCAGCCUCACUAAUCUCACCAUAUUAUCUUCUGUGUGCUGUCUCAAAGUGUGCUACCCUGCUUAUGGUAACAAGUUUUCUUCAGCUCAUGCCGGUCUGCUGGUUGUGUUUUCCUGGUGUUACUCAUCAGUUUUUGCAUGGGCUCCUUUGGCUAAAUGGGGGCAUUACGGUCCAGAGCCAUAUGGCACCGCAUGCUGCAUUGACUGGCAUGCAGCAAAAAAUGAGGUGUCUGCCAUGACCUACAUUGUGUCUCUAUUUGUAUUCUGCUAUGUGGUACCGUGUACCAUUAUCUUUACCUCCUAUGCUUUUAUUCUGUUGACUGUUUUGGGAUCCAGACAAGCUGUACAACAGCAUGUGUCUCCGGUGACAAAAGCUGGCAGCGCCCACAAUGUCAUCAUUAAGCUCUCUGUAGCAGUUUGCAUUGGCUUCCUGACUGCCUGGAGCCCAUAUGCAAUUGUAUCCAUGUGGGCUGCCUUUGGAGAUUCUCAGCGCGUACCAUCUGUUGCAUUUGCAAUGGCAGCAAUCUUCGCAAAGUCAUCUACAAUCUACAAUCCCAUCAUUUAUCUGCUCUUCAAGCCCAACUUCCGCAAAUUUCUUUGUCGGGAUGCUGCAGUUUGCCAUCGGCAUGUGUGCACCCCGUUCAGCUGCUGCAGAAAGCCAGGGCAGCAAAAGGAAAUGUUUCAGAGUAAAGAUGCCAGCAACUCCACGCGGCUGUCCAAUGGCCGGCCCGAGAAUAACAUAGGCUGCCAUCACUGUCCUGACUCAAGGCCCGUAAGGACACUUUCAGCAAAUAGAGCUGCUCAAGUAACAACAAGUCUAACAAAUAAAGAGGUGCCAGUUACUCAACUCUCAGAUGAACUGAAAAAAGAAUUACUUUAGUUCUAGGGGACCUGUGAUGGAAAAAGCCACAAUAAAAUUGUAUAUCAGGGACCCAGGUUUGAUUCUGGCUGCAGAUAUUGGUUCCUUCUAAUUUCUUAGUUAGAAGCUGAUUAUUUCUGCUCAAGCAAAAUUUUUUGAGCUUCAUUUCAGUUACUGUAUAUACUCGCAUUUAAG